AGGGGAAGGUCUGUCUCCUGGGUGAGGAGACCAGCACCUGGGACAGCGCAGUACUGGGCAAGCUCAGGGAGUAGAAGGGAACUCCAGCCUGCUACCUGCCAGACUGCAGGCCCUGAGGGAAGGGCCUAGCCAGUGCAAAGGGGCCGAAGGGGAAGUGGCCCAGGGAAAGAGGCACACAAGAGGAGAAAAGGAGGGCAGGAAGGCUGCCACCAAAUAGUCCCUGGGCUGGGACCUAGUGUAGAGGGUGGGCCUAGGUCCCCUGGCGUCCCUCCCCCUUGCACGAACACCCAGCCAGUGGAUGAGUGAGAGUGGACUGCACCAGGCCCCUGACAAUAGGGGUUAGACUUUGGAGUGUGGUUGACCACAGUGGCUGGGGCUCAGAGAAGGACUGCUAAUAACACCAGACCCCCGGAAGGGGGUGAGACCGGAGCAGUGGGCAUUGCCGAAGGGCAGUGUCCUGAAGGGGACGCCACUGAGUGGGAAUCAGCAUGGGUCCAGACAACCAGAAAGGAGCAGAGGCUGGAUAGGACAACACCGGCAGAGGGCACUCCACCAAGGACUGAGCUAAUUCCCAGAGUCACCAGUGGGAGGUGCCACAGUGUUUGAUUUAGAAGAACAUGAGCCAGUUUUUUCUGCAAAAUGAGGAGCAGUAUUGUUACCAUCCCAAACUGGCGAAGUACUUUGUGCCACUGACCAAUGCUAAAUUUCAAGACUAUCUCGAUGGCCGCAAGAGAUCCAUCAAACUUAUGUGCAGAUCUUCAGAGUUCAAUCAAGACAAGACAACACUGAUCGUGACUAAUAAUCCCCUUCCUGACCUGAAUUCCAGUCACAGAAAGGACACCCCCAUGAAGUUUUUCUGCAAAGAGCACUUAGGAAGGGGGAUCGAUGCCAGGAGUCAGCUUCAUUUACCCCCACUGAAGACACAACAGAACCAGCUGACUGGACCAGGCACAUGUUUUGCUGAGGGAAACGUUGGGAGAUCACUGCAGUUCAGCAGGUUUUCCACAGACACUGAUUUCAAGACUGAAGGACAGUUUUCCAAAAGCUAUGCCGAGAGGCGAUUGCUAAAGCUAUACCCCCAUCUCCACUUUCAAGCUUUCCCGAGACUAGAUACAAAGGGAGUGCGAUCCCUUCCAAGAAAGAACAGCAAGCCCACAAGAGAAACAAGCUGCCAGUGGGAACCAUUAACUCUUUCCUCCCUUUUUGAAGCAAAGCCCAUUGUCAACGUACCAGGGGAAAACAGCUUCAAGCAUGGGAAAGUCUCGCAGUGGGUAGUAAGCAGUUCUUUUGUAGAUAGUUCCAAAUAAAGCCUUCCAUUGAGUCA